AUGGGCCCGGCCCAGCUGGCCUUGAAGGCCGACAUUUGUGGCCCUCCGACGGGGUCCGGGCAGGCCCAGGCCUUGCGUCCCCCUCGGUCCAAGGAGGGCCUGGGCUUCCUUCCGGCUUUCGUGCCUAAAUCCUGGUAUCAGCUGGAGGCUGCCCGGUGCCCGGCUUUGCCUCUGCUGCCCCUCGGGGUGCCCGGCCGGUGCCCGGCCGCCACCCACGGCCUGCUCUCACUUCACAUUUCAGCCCAGCUUGGUCGAGGCCGCGAGGAGGGGGCCGGAGGGGCCUCCGCAUCGGAGUCAGACGCUCAGGACCCGGACGGAGGCGUGGCGGAGGAAGGCACCAGAAAUAGGUCUCCAGGCUUAAAGGGGCAGAAAGGUGAACCCGGAGCGCGGGGCCUCCCCGGACCUGCCGGUCCCCAGGGGCCCGCGGGACCUGCCGCCCGCCAUCCAGAUGGUUCCAUGGUUCAUCAGGUCCCUGGGCCGCAAGGACCUCCUGGGCCUACUGGACCCCCCGGGAAGAGCGGAGAGCCAGGCGAUCCUGGCAAGGACGGAAAACCCGGCGAGACGGGGCCUCAGGGCUUCCCAGGAACCCCAGGAGAUGUGGGCCCCAAGGGCGACAAGGGAGAUCCUGGCACUGGGCCCAGGGGCCCUCCUGGCCCCCCAGGGCCCCCCGGGCCUCCCGGACCUCCAUUCCGGCCGGACAAGUUGACUUUCAUCGACAUGGAAGGCUCCGGCUUUGGUGGGGACCUGGAGAGUCUGCGGGGUCCUCGAGGAUUCCCGGGGCCCCCGGGGCCCCCUGGGGUGCCAGGCCUGCCCGGAGAGCCGGGUCGGUUUGGCGUGAACAGCACAGAUGUCCCAGCGCCCCCAGGCCUUCCUGGAGUGCCAGGCAGAGAUGGAUCCCCCGGACCCCGAGGAGCCCCAGGCUCCGCAGGCCUUCCUGGGAAGGACGGACAGCCGGGGGAGCGAGGGCACAAAGGAGAUCGGGGCGACGCGGGCUCCCCCGGACCAAAGGGCGACGCUGGCCCGGUUGGAGCUCCGGGCGAAGCAGGCUUGGCUGGACUCCCUGGACCGAUGGGCCCUCGGGGGCUGCCGGGUCCCCCCGGCCCUCCGGGGCCGCCUGGCCCAGGCUGGGGCGCCGGCUUCGAUGACAUGGAGGGUUCUGGGGCGCCAUUUUGGACGGCCACCCCGGGCACACGCGGGGCCCAAGGCCUGCAGGGACUGCCUGGAUCUCCGGGGCUCAAGGGUGACCGGGGGACGGAUGGACUCGCCGGGGAAAAGGGCGAUCCCGGCUUUCCUGGCCUGCCCGGGAGGGACGGCCUGGCGGGGCCUCAGGGGCCCAAAGGGGAGCCGGGAAGCCCCGGGCAGAAGGGAGAAGCAGGGCACGACGGCGUGGGGCAGCCGGGCCCCCCCGGACCCCCGGGGCCCCCCGGACAGCUGACCUUCGUCUCCGAGGACGGGGGGCAGAGAAGGAGGCGACCUCCGGCCCCUCCGCCCGGAAAGGCCCGACGCGGCAGGAAUCGGAGGGGACGGAGGAAUGGACGAAGCAGGA